AUGGAAAACGUGGAAUCGAGGCUCAAGAAUGCCCCUUAUUUUCGAUGUGAGAAGGGGAACAAUUCUGUCCCCAUGUGCCAGAAGUGUGAGACGUGUGUCCUGGCCUGGAAGAUCUUCUUCACCAAAGAGUGGUUCCGAAGGGUGGGCAAGAUGUCCCAGAGGAGGUUUCUGGUCAGCAUCCUGCAGCAGCUGGAUAGCUUGUAUUUGUUACACUAUUUUCAAAAUAUCCUUCAGACCAUGCAGGGGAAGGAUUUUGUCUACCACAGGUCCCGGGUCAACCUCAGCAAGAAGGAGGGGAAAAUCGUCAAGUCCUCCUUGAACCAAAUGCUGGACAAGACGGUGGAACAGAAGAUGAGGGAGAUUUUGUACUGGUUUGGGACCAGCAGCUACUGGACGAAGGCGAAUUACACACUCUUGCUGCUGCAGAUGUGCGACCCCGAGCUACUGCUCACUGCUGUUGAUGUCAUCAGAGUCCUGUUUCUGAGAGGGCGGAACGAUGCCUCAGGGAACGACCCAGACUCCAAGGAUGUGUUUUUCGUCCCUGGGAAAGGCCACACACCCCUGUGCGAGACCUCACAAGUCUGCUGGGCAGCCAGACCCGGGCACACAUCCUUCCCGUUGUCCAAAACUACAGGAAAAGCAGGCUUGCACGAAAAUGUGUCGUGGGGAGCAGCCACUACUGAAGGACAGUGGAAGAGUUCACUCCAGUAUAUUUCCAAGAUGAAUAGUCUGUCUUCUGAAAAAGCAAGCGUGUCCAAAGCAGGCUCGGCCCCCGUCGCCGAUGUGCUGGUGGAUCUGGAGGCCGUCAGAGAGCUGUCUUCUGGGGUCAGCAGAUACCGCGACUUCAUCCGUCACCUGCCGGUCCAUCUCUCCAAGUAUAUCCUCAGUAUGCUGGAUAAGAACAGCCUGAACAGGUGUGUGUUCGUGAGCCAGCACUGGGCAGUGCUGGCGCAGCAGGUCAGGACCGACCUGUCCAUGCACUCUUUCAUCCGGCACCAGAUCACCUUACUGCAGGGGUCCUACACCAGGGGAAUAGACCCUAAUUACGCCAACAAGGUUACUAUCCCCGUUCCUAAGAUGGCAGAUGACGGGAAGCACCUAUGCGUGAAAAAUCCGAAAUGGAAACUGAGAACGAAGAAUGACUACGACCUGUGGACUGCAUACCAGAACCAGGAAACUCAGCAGGUGCAGACAGAGGAGAGGAAUGUCUUCUGUGGCACUUACAACAUCCGCAUUCUCUCUGACGUGUGGGACCGAAACAGAGUCAUCCACUAUUCUGGGGGAGAUUUGUUAGCUGUGUCAUCCAAUCGGAAGAUCCAGCUUCUGGACAUCAUACAGAUAAAGCAGAUACCCAUCAAGUUCCGAGGCCACACUGGGAGUGUCCGUACCCUCUUCUUGUGUGAGGAGGAAAACUUUCUCCUGAGCGGGAGUUAUGACCUGAGUAUCAGAUACUGGGAUCUGAACAGUGGGGCUUGCAUACGCAUCUUCAGUGGCCACCAGGGGACUAUCAGUUGCAUGGAUGUGUGGAAGAACAAACUGGCAUCUGGAGCAAGAGAUUGCCAGGUAAAAGAGUGGGAUAUAGAGACAGGAAAGUGCCUGAAGACGUUUAAACACAAACACCCCAUCCUGGCCACCAGGAUCAAUGACACGUACAUCGUGAGCAGCUGUGAGAAAGGGCUGGUCAAAGUGUGGCACAUCAUCACAGCCCAGCUGGUAAAGACGCUCAACGGCCAUGAGGGAGCUGUGAAGUGUCUGUGCUUCGACCAGUGGCAUCUCCUGUCUGGAAGCGCUGACGGCCUGGUGAUGGCCUGGAGCAUGGUGGGAAAGUACGAGCGGUGCCUCAUGGCCUUCAAGCAUCCAAAGGAGGUUCUCCACGUGGCCCUUCUCUUCCUCCGGGUCAUCAGUGCCUGUGCAGAUGGCAAGAUCCGCAUUUACAAUUUCCUAAAUGGGAACUGUCUGAAGGUGAUGAAAGCCAAUGGCAGAGGUUAUCCUGUGCUGUCCUUCUUUAUUCAGGGCAACAGGAUGGUGAUCAACACGGAGAGCAACGUCCUCAUGUUCCAGUUUGAGAAUAUCAAGUGGCAGAACUCCCUGGAACGGGCCAAACAAAAGAGGAAGGACAAAGAGGAUGACAGGGAAGAAAACAGCCUCACAGAAGUUCUCUCCAAGUCGAGCACUCAGAUUUACAGCCCUCAGGAAUCCAUAUCUAGCAAACACACGGCCCAGGAGUCCCUGUUCAGCAAAUCUCACAGGUCCCCAGUUCUCCUGAGGGCAUCCAGGUUACCUACAGGAGUGUUAACGGAGGCACCUCUAAGUCAAGGAACGCCAAAGUCACCCCGAAGAGAUGCAGAUGAUGUGGAGAAAAUACCAAAACAAGGACGACUGGGAACUUUGGGAGACUUGAUCAAUUGCUCAAAGAAGUCCUGGUGCAUCCCUAUGUCCCCUGACCAGUUCCUCCUGACUGUGAAUGCCCUGCAGAAAGCCCAUAAUUCUGGGGAGUUUGCCUAUCCCCGGAGGCCCCAAACCCAGGUCAUUGAUGCCUGGGGACCUUCCAUUUCAUUCCCAAGGAAGGUCCUGAGUUUGAAGGGACGAUCGGUCCAACAUGCAGUCGAUCGGUUGAGAUUGAGCAACCCUCCCGUAGACGUGAAACAAACGAGUAUUCCCUUUGAAAUCCAGAACCUUCAGCCUAACUUGAAGAACUCCGUGCACAGCCCCAGAGCCCAGUCUACCAUCCCCCAGCCAGUGCUUAUCCGCCCCAGGUUCUCUGGCAGCUUAAAGGGUGAAGACCCGCCAACCAGUUCAACUGAUGGGGCAGUGAGCAGCUUCAGCCCCUUAACCAGCACACAGGUCAUCCAACCAAACCACAUGCUGGCUCCGCCAAUGGGCACGACGGCCCAGCCUGCGAGGAAAGAUUGGCCCCGCUCCUACACGCCCCUCGACCCCUUCAGAGUGAACACGGAGUUCAUGCUGCUGACUGUGAAGGAGGAGAAAGAGUACGAGGAGGCCAAGAUGAAGGAGUUUCAGGCCAUAAAGCCGGCUGGAGGGGUCGAUCCGGAAAAAGCCAGCAGAGCUGCCUGGGUCAGGAAGAUCAAAGGCCUGCCCAUUGAUAGUUUCAUGAAGCAAGGAAAAACAGCAGCCCCUGAACUUGGGCAAAACGUAUAUAUCUGA